CCAGCAUGCAUCUCGUUACUCCCUUGGUCGGUAGAUGGAAACAUGGCGUCGAUAAGUAAAUACUUGACAGCCAAGAACUCCUCUAUAGCAGGUGCCACAAUCGUUGCCUUGUAUCUUCUCAAGAGGAGAAGACAUGCAGCCCAAUUAAGUGUGGGGAAAAGAUCAUCAGAGCUACAGUUGAGCAAAGAUGAGGCCAAGCAGGAAAAGACGGUGGUGGACAAGGUGUUCUUUGCACGUGUCCUGAAGAUAGUGAAGAUCAUGGUUCCUGGAGUGUUCUGCAAAGAGUCAGGAUAUUGUCUCCUCAUCGCUGCUAUGCUGGUGGCCAGAACCUACUGUGAUGUGUGGAUGAUCCAGAAUGGAACCAUGAUCGAGAGUGCAAUCAUUGGUCGAUCAACAAAAGAUUUCAAGAGGUUCUUGUUCAACUUUAUAAAAGUCAUGCCAUUUAUCUCGCUAGUCAACAACUUCCUGAAGUUGGGCCUGAAUGAACUGAAGCUCUGCUGCCGGGUUCGACUCACCAAGCACCUCUAUGACGAGUACCUGCAAGGUUACACAUACUAUAAGAUUGGUAACCUGGACAACCGCAUCGGUAACCCUGACCAGCUGCUGACCCAGGACGUGGAGAGGUUCUGUAACAGUGUGGUGGACCUCUACUCCAACGUCAGCAAGCCUUUAUUGGACAUUGGUCUGUACAUCUUCAAGUUGACCUCAGCCAUUGGUGCACAGGGUCCUGCCUGUAUGAUAGGAUACCUGAUGUUCUCUGGGCUCAUCCUGACACGUCUGCGGAGGCCCAUCGGGAAGAUGACGGUCAUGGAGCAGAGGUACGAGGGAGAGUACCGAUUCGUCAACUCUCGCCUUAUCACCAACAGUGAAGAGAUUGCCUUCUACAAUGGAAACCUGAGGGAGAAGCAGACCAUUCACUCUACCUUCCAGAAACUGGUGGACCAUUUACACAAUUUCAUUGUCUUCCGCUUUUCAACGGGUUUUGUGGACAGCAUCAUUGCUAAGUAUAUUGCCACUGUUGUCGGGUACCUGGUGGUGAGCAGGCCGUUCCUGAACCACACCCACCCACGCCACCUACACAGCACCCACGCUGAGCUGCUCGAGGACUAUUACCAGAGUGGGCGUAUGUUGCUGAGCAUGUCUCAGGCCCUGGGCAGGAUCGUCCUGGCUGGCAGGGAGAUGAGCAGGCUCUCGGGGUUCACCGCUCGUAUCACCGAGAUCAUGAAGGUCCUGAAAGAGCUGAACUCUGGGAAAUACGAGAGGACCAUGGUCUCUCAGCAGGGAGGCAGAGAUGGUGAAUCGCUAGAUAGAAUAACCCUGGUCCCAGGAAGUGGUGAAAUCAUCAACAAAGACAAGAUCAUCAAGUUUGAGCAUACACCUCUUGCAACGCCUAAUGGGGACAUUCUUAUCAAAGACCUCAGCUUUGAGGUGACGUCAGGGACAAAUGUCUUGGUAUGUGGCCCCAAUGGCUGUGGGAAGAGCUCACUCUUCAGAGUCCUGGGAGAGCUCUGGCCUCUGUUUGGUGGCCGUCUCACCAAACCUGAGAGAGGGAAGCUCUUCUACGUUCCCCAGAGGCCAUACAUGACCCUAGGCUCUCUGAGAGAUCAGGUGAUAUACCCAGAUACAGUGGAGGACCAGAGGAGGAAGGGGACCUCUGAUAAGGUGCUGAAGGAUUACCUGGACAACGUCCAGCUAGGUCACAUCCUGGAGCGGGAGGGAGGCUGGAACACGGUCCAGGACUGGAUGGACGUCCUCAGUGGAGGAGAGAAACAGAGGAUGGCUAUGGCCCGUCUGUUCUACCAUAAGCCCCAGUUUGCCAUCCUGGAUGAGUGCACCAGUGCUGUGAGUGUCGAUGUGGAGGACUUCAUCUACAGCCACUGUAGGACGGUAAGAUGCAACACGGUGGGCAUCACGCUGUUCACGGUUUCUCACAGGAAGUCUUUGUGGAAGCACCAUGAGUACUACCUGCACAUGGAUGGAAGGGGGAGCUAUGAGUUCAAACCCAUCACCCAGGAAACGGUGGAGUUUGGGUCAUAACGAUCUUACCAUAGCCAAGUAUUGCACACAGAGAUGGUCCCAAGUAAUUCUGCACUUCAUGAAGCAUAGAGCACAGAGGUCAAGUCCGAACAUCUUAAAAUGUUACGCUGGAGUAUGAAGACUGAGCGCUCUCCCAAUGUCAAGAGAGAAAUGCCUAAACCUGUAAAUUUAAAGGUAGGGUCUACAAUAUGGCAUCAUCAUACACAGCACGGUACACUUCCUGCUUACAGAAAUAAUAAACAACAAAAUUUAAGUCUGCUGAGACCGACAGUAUUGGUUCUUCCUUAGGGCAGAUUUUGAAUUCUGUUGUUUAUGCCUGGAAACAGGAAGUUGCCCCGCUGUGUAUGAAGAUAUCAUAUUGCAGUCAACCAUUUACGGACGUGUGUGUCUGUACGGGUGAGUUUUAAUUGUAUAUGAAGCAAAUAAUGUACUAAAAAGCUAGCCUUACUGAUUUUGUUUCUCCCCUGUUUUAUUUAUGUUAAUGUUGCAUUGUUUUUAAUUAUUUAUAGUGUUCAGUUUAUGUUAAUGAAUUGAAAUGUCAGAGUUCCAUGAAGUGAUGUUUUUUUAAAUGUUUGUCUAGUGCAGUUAGUUUAAACACUGAAGUGCAUUCUUCUUUCAUGAAGCCAGUUACUGUAACUGUAUUUUACGCAUAGCUAGUCUGACUCAGUCAACUACAAUACGUGAAAAUGUAUUGUUUUUUGUCUCCUAUAGUAAAAUCCCUCAGCUUAGGUUAAGGCACAGUAACUGAACUGUAAGUUGAGCUUUGAUUAUUUUGUUAAAAUGGGAUUGAGGACGUGGGAAUUUUGUUUUCAUAGGAUAGUUCAAAUGCAAUCGAUUUGAGCUGAACUAUACAUGAAUAUAUAUUUCUCGAAACAAUUUCAAGGUCCUCUGUCUUCUGUUCUACAGACUGCUCCUUGUCGUUCUGUUAUAUUUCAGAGCAUAGUUUGUGCAUUCCAAUAGUCUAAAAUGGCUUCCUCUUCUUGUAUCCUGUCAUUUUACCACACUGAUCUUGAAACAGUUAGGAAAUUGAAAGCUAAUCCCCCUGAAGGCUUCUGGCAAGGACUAAGUUAGGGGGGCAUUUAAGUCCAUUUGGAUGAAGGAGAGGAGGUCACUUUUUAGAAUGAGCUACACCCAUGACUUGGACCAGCUCCAGGGCAUGUCUCGGAGGUCUCUGGCACUGUUGCCAAUGUGAUUGUGGUGUCACCCCCUUGCCGGGGUAUUCCACAUGGCUUACACGCAGACAUUAAGCUACAAUCAAUCACUCUAUGAAAAGCCUUUCCUCUUGUCUCAAAUCAUGUUUGAAACUGAUAUAAGUAUGAUAGAUCAUUUUUAAAGGCAAACCAGAUGGCACUGUUAAGUCAAAGUUCCCUCACAUGGAUAUUGUUACAUGAAAGACAAAUGAGAAUUUGAAUACAUUUGAAUUUAAUUGUAAAAAGUACUAGAAUGCAAAAAAGUCAUCACAAGUAAUAAUUUUCCUACUAACCUUCCUCUCAUCCAAAAGUACCAAAUCCAUGUUUCAACAGCACAGUACAUGGAUGAAUCCUAGUCAACAUGAACUACACAUCAUCAACAUAUAAGACAAUAAUUCUUAGACAUGCAACAAUACACAUUUAACAUAUAAAACAUUGAUUGAAAUAAAUACGAUUACAUUUUUCUUAUAUACAUAGUGGCAAAAAUAACAUGUAUUUCUCAACAAUUAAUCAAAUGUACUUGUUCAACAUUGGUAUAAAACAUAUAAAUAAGGAAUGUAAAAAAAAAUAUCUAGCCAUUUAAAAGAACCAGCUCAUAAUGACAUUUAAAAAGACGACUAAUAUUUCACAUUUUCCAGUGUUUUGACGUAUUUGUGCUAGAUUAUUGGGAGCACAGCUUUCGCCCUCUGAAAGGGUUGGUCAAGUAGCACCAUCACACACACACAGACCUUUACACUGGACUCAUCUGCAGGUUAUCCUUGUCCACCGUUUUGGUCUUUUUGCAGCAGCAGCGUUUACAACACACCACAGUGAGAGUGAUGAGGAUGAUGAAUAUAGCCAGCAUGAUGCCAAUGGCACCUGAGAUCACACCAAAACUGAAUUCUGAGGAAAGAAAGAAUUUAACAUGAUCAUUUAAUUGAAGUUCUUGAAGUUACUAAGCAUUGUUGCCGACAGUAAAAAAUGACUAUUCUAACUUGCCCACAUUGCAAUUUCUUUAUCAACCAUAUUUGUUGUAGUUACUCAAUCCAUUACACAUUUAAUUGAAUCCACUGAAUUUUACCCUUCUUCAAUUCCCUCCACCUCACCCCUAACACAUGUGUUUUGCAUUGUGGGGUCACUUACCCUCAAAGAUGGUCUUGUUCUCUCUGGGUGAGCACUGCGCCUUGCUCCAAUCUCCCAGUCUCUUCUGUGCAGAACGAGAGGGGAUAUAGGCUGCCACUAUGACGCAGUAGCUCUGUCCUUUAUCCAGAUUGGUCAGCUCGACAUCUCUCAGGUCUGACAUCUUCUCUUUCUGUGGACAGGAGUUUACAGUUUAGUAUUAUUUCAGGUCACACACUGUUUGGGUUGUCAUUGGCGGGAAUCGACAGGUAUCCGGGAUGGACUGGGGACCAAAAAUUGGCUUUGGCAUUUCUAACAUACUGGCCAAUUCCUUCCGUCCAGGCCCCCACAACGGCAAUUAUUUUUUUUCUACAGGCCCCCCAUUAUUAGCCAUAUAAUUGUAAUUUUGGGCAAACCCCUCAAUUUAAACCUGCCCACUGGGGUAGAAAUGGACCAGCCGAUCUGGUAUUUGCCGGAACUGCUCUAUGGCCAGUCCUCCCUUGACCGGUAUAGUCUCAAAAGCAUUUACAAUAAAUGUAUGUCCAUGACUGUUCAAUUCACCUUUCCUGUGCUCCCAGCUUUGUUGUAUAUGACUCUGUAUUUCAGGUCGCUCUUGAAGAUGUCUCUGAUCGUUAACAGCUGAUCAUCUUUGUAGAGGGGAGUGAGAGGGUCCUGGAUGUGGAGCGUCAUCUUGGUCUUGUCUUCACUCUGCACAAUCUUGAAAGCGGGUCCUCCUAUUUUAGCUGAGAAGAGGAUGCAAGUUAGGCACCAUAGCCUUAAUUUGAAUACCAUUACUAACACAGCAAUGAAGUAUUUGAUCCAAAAAAUAUAUAUAACCAGCAUAAUUAACCUUUCUACUAUAAUAAUGCUAUAAUGCCAUUAUUGUAUAACACAAUAACAAUGUAAAUAAUGAAGGACCUGGAAGAAAUGUUACUAUAUGACAAUGCAAUUUAGGGCAGAUUAAUAAUGUGAUGACACUCACUGUGUUUGUAAGGGCUGAACCUAUCGGCUCGAGUGUAGGGGAACUCCACAAGGUCAGAGGUAACGCCGGGUAGGGGUUCUGAUAGGAUGUCGGCAGAGUAGGUCUCCUGCAGGUUCCGCAGCUCGUUGGUGAGGUCACACUCUGUCCUCGAGCUCCGGAUGCAGUGAGGGUUCCUUUGUCUGUCCUUACCAACCCUGAACAAAACACCGUCCAUCAGUCAGAGUCCUUGAACUGUGCUUUUCUGUCAUUCACUUCAAAUGAACGAAGUGGUAGUGUGUAGUUGGGUGUAUAGGUAUACAGUUCCCUCUAAUUAUUGGGACGUUGAAGCAUUUUUUUCCUUCUUUUGGCUCUAUACUCAAAAGGUUUAGAUUUUAAAUCAAACAAUUACUAUGAGGUUAAACUAUAGAUUAUCAGAUUUUAUUUUAGGGUAUUUUUGUAGAUAUUGGUUUCACCAUUUAGAAAUUACAAACACUUUUUAUACAUAGAACCCUCCUUGCCCCAUUUUAGGGGACCAAAGUUUUGGGACAAAUUCACUUAAAAUGGUAAAAAGUUAAGUAUUUGGUCCCAUAUUCAUAGCAUGCAAUAACUACAUCAAGCUUGUGACUUGUGUACAUAUUUGUUGGCUGCAUUUGCUGUUUUAGUUUUUUCAGAUUAUUUUGUGCCCAAUAGAAAUGAAUGUAUUGUCAUUUUGGGGUCACUUUUAUUGUAAAUAAGAAUAGAAUAAGUUUUCUAAACACUUCUACAUUAUGUGGAUGCUACCAUUAUUAUGGAUAAUCCUGAAUGAACCGUGAAUAAUGAUGAUUGAGAACGCUAACCUCCCCUGUUAUUGUAAUGAGAGGUUUGCAUGUCUUGGGUGUAUGAUCUGUGUGUCUAACUUUCUCACUCAUUAUUCAUGAUUCAUUCAGGAUUAUCUGUAGAACUGUUUAGAAACAUUAUUCUUAUUUACAAUAAGUGACUCCAAAAACGACACAAUACAUUAUUUACCAUUAAUUUCUACAAACAGCAAAUGGAUUCAACAAAUGUGUAGUCCCAAGCUUGAUGUAGUCAUUGUGUGCUAUGAAUAUGAGACCAAAUACUAAACGUUCUAUUACACAUAAGUGAAUUUCACCCAAUACUUUUGGUCCCCUAAAAUGGCAGUGACUAUGUAUAAAGAGUGUUGUCAUUUCUAAUUGGUGGAACCAAUAUGUACACACACACCCUCAAAUAAAAGCUGAGAAUCUAUACUUUAACGACAUAGUAAUUGUUUGAUUUCAAAUCCAAACUUGGAGUAUAGAUCCAAAAGAAGAAAAAAAUGCUUCAUGCCCCAAUAACUACGGAGGACACAAGGUUGUACACUCAGUUUUUAGUUGGCAUUCUGUUGACAUAUAGUAAAGUAUUCACCCAGAACGUGGUCCAUUUGAUUGUGCUGGCGGGAUGUUUUUGUUGUUGUUGUUGUCGCAAUAGUGAUGUGAUGAUGAACAGUGCAGAGUGAGAAUGCAGCGAUAUGAUGUUGGCUACUUACCUAGAAAAUUCAACAGUGUAUGUGUAGUUGGUAGGCUCAGGGCCCCAUGUUAGAAUAGUCUUGAAGUUAUUGGACACCCACUGAACAUCCAUUGCCUCGGGGAAAUAAUCUUCACCUGUAACCCAGGAGAAAAAAAGCAAGGAUUAGUUAGUUAUCUGUUCUGCACAAUGUAGAUGUACUACAGUACAUUGAUAAAGCAGAAAACAAAUCAAGAUAUCAUCCACGAAGUAGGCUUUAGCCUAAAGAUGAAAUAGGAUCUAUAGCCUACAGCUAUGGAUUUAAAUGCACAUAUUUUACAUGUUACAUGAGUAAUUAUCAAAACGGUCAAAUUUACCAGCUGCUCCAAUUGUGAAUAGUACCGAUGAGAGUAAAACUCCGAAGUGAAGGAAAGUCCUUACAUCCUCCAUUAUGAUAAUCCAAAUUGUUACGGUAGCCUCUUUACUAUCGAAUGCGAAUUGUGAACAUAGAUUUUUUUUCCCACCCCCAGGUGAAACGCGUGUAGCUGCUGUUCGUCUAAGAAGUCAUCAAAGUUUGUCAGAUAACUGCACAGUGCCGCUGGUGCCUCACUUUUAUAUCGCACUGAAUUCUCGAGUGGUAUGUAAUGUGAAUGACUAAUUCAACAAUAGCUCCACCUCCCUUACAAUUUCUGCAAGAGCAUUGCGAUUUGUAACUGGUUGAGCAUGCUGCCCGAAUAAUCUGUCGAAGCGCUUAUUGUCCAUAUAUGGUUAACCGGAUGAUGGACAAGCAACUAUACCUGUGGCUUGCCAUGGCAACGUCGUGGCGGCGGCGGGAAUGGAGACAUUGAAGCUCAUGGAAAUUUGAGUCAAUGUCUGGAUUUGUUGGGAGUCAUCUUUUGAAGCUGUAUUUUGUGUUCUUUAAAUAACUAGAAUGAUUAGUUUCAAUGUUAUAUAAAAUGUGAACUAUAAAUGACCAUUAUGCAUUAUAUAUAUAUAUAUAUAUAUAUUCUAAAUUAUUAUAAAAAUAAAUAUUUGUUUUCAUGGAAAGCCCUUGCAAAA